AUGAUCGCCGGCAACAGAUUCGGCAUGGAGGAAGAAAACAGGAGAAGGCUCGAUGACCGGCGACCGGGUGUCCUGCUACCGUGCGGACCUGGUCGGAGAUCCCGCUCGUGGCUGAGCUCUCUUGUGCACCGGUGGCGUGCUGUUAUAGCGGCCCGGUGCAGUGCUUCCGGCUGGGCACCGGAGCGCCUGAGCGGCCUGUCUGCCGACCGAGCGCGACGUUCUAGCGGCCGACGCGUUACAGGCCAGGCGUUACGGGCCAGCUACAUCAGUGGCCUGGUGUUCUGCCAACCUGCUGUUCCCCUGCUUCUACGUCGCGACAAGGUGUGGCGUGAUGAUGAUGGCGUAAGACGUGGCCGUCGCAAGCAACACACCAGCUGUAUCCAAGUUUCAGAUGAUGCAGCGACGCACUACUCAACGACAACCGUCAUGGUCACCGCAACGACGACGCACACCGGCGAGUCGGGAUGCGGGCAGCCUGCGGAAGCAAAUGUGCUCACUCACGCCUCAAUGCCCAUGGCUCCAACUUCUUGAAGGCGGUCACUGUCCGGAGUAGUGCCAAGCUGCACUCUGGCCGCAUGUCGGCCC